AUGCGCGAUACGCUUCGUGCGGUAUCUGAGAAGUCUUCAGGGGGUUUGACGAAAGUCAUUAAGACGUGUAGUGAGCUAAUGGUUACUUCUUUCUUUGACGGUUAUGAUAAUAUUAUUCGAGUUGCUCAUGUGACACCAUAUUUAAGAGCGUUGCGAGAGUUUUAUGCUUCAUUUCAUUUGCAUCCCGAGUGGUUUGGUGCUACGAAUAAAGUGAUGUAUGAUUUGCGUCCUUAUGAGUUACCUUCUAGAGAUCGCCUUACGCGAGCAGCAAGGGGAGUGACGCUCACUAAUUCAGUAGUCGGACCCUCUCGUUCGUUAGGUUUUCAAGCGUGGCGUGUUCACUUGGCUCGUGGGGAACUCCUGCAUACGUUAGCUAGAGAUCUUGUCCCUUCACUCACUCUCACUGUUAUGCCAAAAUUACCAGCCCCUUUCAUCGUUACUCCCGGAGAAGUGAAUUCAGCUCAGUCAACUAUUGAGUUCGGUUCAUUCACAGAGUUUCAUGCUACUAAUGUAAAUGUUGAGGCUUUAAUUGACACAUGGUUAGUAAAUGAUAUGGUUCAUAAAUUUAUCAUUGUAGGGAAAAGUGUACAAAAUGAUCCCUGGAGGUAA